AUGCAAAUUCUCAAUAUUGUACUUAUCGUUUGUUUCUCUAGUGUAAUACUAGGAGAUAAUUCAUGUAUAUUCAAACAUCCAACUCAAGGUUUUAUUAAUUUAACAUCAAUUGGUUUACGAAAUGGUCAACCUCGUUUUCCAGAUUAUCAACCAUCUUCGAGUCUUGCCUAUACAUAUUCAUUCAAUCCAUGUUUUCCUUUUAUGGAAAAUGGCUGUCAAAAUGCAGCUGUUUGCCAAACAACAACCGAUCAACAAUAUUCAUUUACAUUAGCUACACAGAAUUCAGCUAAAUGGACUGUAGAUUCAUAUAUGAAACCUACUCUUACAUAUACAUAUGGUUCAAAAACAGUUUCCAUAUCAAUGAUUUGUUCAGACAAUGUCAUAGAUGAGUUCGAAGCACUUGGCGAAGAUUAUGUCAAUCAUUAUUCAAUGCGUUUAUGGUCUCGUUGUGCUUGUUGGAAUGGAUGUAGUAAUUCUACACCGUCAACUACUAGAACUACAUCACGACCAUCACCAGCUACAACAACACACACGAUAUAUUCCAGUUCUUGUAGAUAUAAGGAUUCCCGAUAUGGUACCAUUGAUUUAUCAUCAAUUGGCAAUGUAAAUGGUGACGCAACAUUCAAUGAUGUAUAUUCAAAUAAUUAUUUUUGGUCUUAUAAUCCAUGUUAUACUUUUUCGGAAGAGAAUUGUAUUAAUGUAGCUGGAUGUCAAAUUGAUAGAACUCGUCAGAUUAGCUAUGAUAUUGGAUUACAAAAAAACGCUUAUUGGAUAAAUAUGAAUAAGACAAAUAAUUUAAUUCCAUCGAUUGUUUAUCCAUCAUCAUCUAUGAAUCGGCGUUUAACUGUUCAACUUAUAUGUGAUCGAUCAUUAUCAUCUGAUCAUCUUCAAGUACUUGGUGAAACUUCUCCUGGAGAAUAUGUUAUGCAAUUGACAAGUCGAUGUGCAUGUUGGGAUGGAUGUAUCGAACCAAAACCAUUUCCGAAUAAUUGGGAUUUUUAUAUGAUUAUGGGUAUUGCGGCAGGUGUUGUCUUUUUAAUAUUUCUAAUAAUGAUGACAUGCUUAUUUUGUUCAAAACCUAAACAACGCUAUCCAGUUAUGAUUGUUAAUGAAAAAACACCAAUCUUCAAAAGUGCAUACUAA